AUGCGGGAGUUAGAUCCCCAGGGCAUCAGGGAAGCCUGCAACUGCAACCUCCAUGCUCGGCGCUGCAGAUUCAACAUGGAGCUCUACAAGCUAUCGGGGCGCAAGAGCGGGGGUGUCUGUCUCAACUGCCGCCACAACACUGCCGGCCGCCACUGCCACUACUGCAAGGAGGGCUUCUACCGAGACAUGGGCAAGCCUAUCACCCACCGGAAGGCUUGCAAAGCCUGUGAUUGCCACCCUGUGGGUGCUGCUGGUAAGACCUGCAAUCAAACCACCGGCCAGUGUCCCUGCAAGGACGGCGUGACAGGCAUCACCUGCAACCGCUGUGCCAAAGGCUACCAGCAGAGCCGCUCCCCCAUCGCCCCUUGCAUUAAGAUUCCUGUAGCGCCACCCACCACUGCAGCCAGCAGCGUGGAAGAACCUGAAGACUGUGACUCCUACUGCAAGGCUUCCAAAGGAAAACUGAAGAUGAACAUGAAGAAAUACUGCAGGAAGGACUAUGCUGUCCAGAUCCACAUUCUGAAGGCGGACAAAGCAGGGGACUGGUGGAAGUUUACAGUGAACAUCAUCUCCGUGUACAAGCAGGGCACAAGUCGUAUACGCCGUGGUGACCAGAGUUUGUGGAUCCGCUCGCGAGACAUCGCUUGCAAGUGUCCCAAAAUCAAGCCCCUCAAGAAGUACCUGCUGCUGGGCAAUGCUGAGGACUCGCCUGACCAGAGUGGCAUCGUGGCAGACAAGAGCAGCCUGGUGAUCCAGUGGCGGGACACAUGGGCACGACGGCUGCGCAAGUUCCAGCAGCGGGAGAAGAAGGGCAAGUGCAAGAAGGCCUAGCGUGGAGGUGGCGCAGGCUCCAGGAGGGCGGGCAGGGCGCUGGCAGGGGCUGGCAGCCUUGGACUUGGCCCGCCAGGGUUUUUCCGGGAGGGUGGGGGCGGGGCGAAGUCAAAGUGGGGCGGGGCCCUCAGUGGCUCCGCCCCAGCCCCACCCUCACACCCCUGGCUGUGCAAAAGUACCCUGUAUUGACAGGCCAGGCCCUGGAGAAAUGAGGACAAGACAUAGCUACCUCACGGCGCUCCUUCCAGAAUAGAGAUGCGCUUCCCUAGGGCUAGGUGGGGGUCGCCGUGGAGGGGUUGGGGGUCCCGAGAGGCGGGAACAGAAUGGCACAGUGGACCACAGCCACUGUAUUUGAUGGUUAUUGAAGGGGAUGUGAGAACUGUGAAUUUUCGGGCCUGCAGCCUGGGUAGGGGCAACCAAUCCACCACCAGACACUAGUCAUGCCCCCCUCCUUUCUCCAUCACUUGCUGUCUAGGAAUUCCCACAGGACUCCAGACUCUGACAACAGGUCCCUAUGUCAAAGGGCCAGAUGACACUGGGAUCAGCCAGCUUUGGGUCUCCACUGCCACCUGCUGGGCUGGUCUCCUGGGCGGAGUUCACCAUCUGUAGGGAGGAGAGGCUCCUCCUGGGGCCUGCCCUUCCCCAGUGAGGCUGGCUCAGGCUUCUGGCCCAUCAGAGGGCCUAGGGCCUAAGGACCCUGAAGUCAAGCCGGGUGGUCACUGCCUCUGCUGGAGCUGCCUGUGGAAGGAGGCAUUGCAAACCAAAACCUCCCAGAGAGUUUCCUUGCUGGAAACUUGGAAACAGCCCUUUUUAUGACAUUUUCCAGGGGAGGGGGAGGGGUACUGGCGGGGUUUAGGGCAAUGACACUAUUUGUGUAAUGACAUCAGCUCCCACAAGGCCUCACAGCAAUGUCAACAGCUGGAAAGGGUCUGGUCAGGUCUGGAAUGCCAGCGGCUGUACAGGCAGUUUGAACCGGGCUUGGGGGAAGGGGCUUGCCUGUGUCAGGACAGGGUUGCUGUUCAGCGAGGUGCCUGGUGUCCAAGCUGUAGGUAGGCAAGGCCAGGAGUGGUCAGGUUCCUGGGGCCCAAGGAUGCUGUGACUACUUCCUGUUGCUACCCUCACUGCUGGCUCCCAAGGAAAGUGACAGGCUCCUAGGUUAAGAAACCCAUUCUAGCCUCUAGCUGUCUUGGUCUAGCCUGGGCAGUCUGGUCCAUUCCUUUCUGGCUGCCUUCUUUGUGGAGGUCCCCAGGCCUUCCUGUAUGCCUAGCCCUCUUUUCUCUUAGAGAUUUAAUGUCCUCAUGCAGGCAGCUCCAAGCUUCCCUUCUGGUUCCUUCCCAGGCCCCUUUAGCCUUUUUCUGCAUCCCUGCACUUGGGCCUCUAGCCUCACGCCCCGCACACUGGAUGAGAGGCCUGGCCCUCUCAGUCAGGAAAUUUGUUUCAUUUCCCCUGUCCAUUUGGCUGCCCUGGAGGGCCAUAUGAGGGCUGAAGCUCAGCCCCUUAGUGACAUGGCUCCCUCCGCUUCUCUCACUUCUGCCCACAUCACCACUGCCACUUACUGAGCACCCUCUUGGUGCCAGGCACUUUACCCAUUAGCUCCUGGCCUGUUUUCAUUACAAACCCAUGAGACAGGGAUUCAUUCUUGUCCUCAUGUCUGCCAGUAAAAAGAUGUGUCCACAUGCCCAAGGUCACGCCAGCACUCUGACCUUACCACAGUUGCACAUCAGCUAUUAGCCUACUUGAC